AUGCACUUUAGGCAGCACGCAGUGAAUUUAAUAUCUAGUGGAAAAUCUGUAACGCAAAUUGAGCCCGUCGAUUGUGAAUCCCUUGGCUGGGUGGUAGAAUCACAGGGAGCCAACCCACCAUGGUCUCUUGAUUUCUUAUUGCCUGAUGGAGGGGCCGGCCACCUAUACUAUGACACCUCCAUCACAUCCAUUGCAUUUGCUAACUAUGAACAGGAUACUUGGUAG